AUUAAAAACUGGUUUUGGAAAGAAAAUAAAAGUAUAAAAAUUGAGUUUAUUUAAUGGUGCGUGUUGAUGGCUUGGAAUGUGUAUAUUAAAUUUACGAGAAAGUACAUUUGUGAUGUAUUAUCUCAGAGUGUAAUUAUGUGACACGUAUACAGUUUGCGAAACUUGUGUUAUUCAAGUCGUACUAACUUGUAUAAUUCAGAUUGACUUUAGUCAGGCGCGGUCCUCAAUACAAGCAACAUGUUUGCGAUUUAAAUUUUUUCUCUUUCUUCCUUUCUUUUUAUUUAAAUCCCACUCAGUGUGAUUAAUUACUUUUUUUUUUUAUUUCUUUGUCAGCUGUUAAUUCUUAUCUUACGUAGCUCGGAGUAAGUUGCUCCAGUUACAAAUUUUUCUUUUUAUUUUUUUAUCUUAAUCAUUUUUAUUAAUUUUUGCAAAUUGAUUGGUAAUUUUAUAUUUUUUUAUCAAAUAUGUCAAGUGUAACUUUGUUGAGCAAAGACCUUCCAGAUAUCGAAAAUCUUCUAAAGUUAAAUCCUAAGGUUAAAAAUUUUACAAAUUUAUUACCGUCAGUUGAGACAAAAAAAAAUAAAAUUCAUUGGAAACGAAAUGUUCGUGAAAAAUGUAAUAGCUGUGAAUUGACAAAUAAUUUUGAUGAUAUUAAACAUACAACAUUGAGUGAACGUGGUGCCUUGAGAGAAGCUGCUCGUUGCCUAAAAUGUGCAGAUGCACCAUGUCAAAAAUCAUGUCCAACACAACUUGAUAUAAAAUCAUUUAUAACUUCAAUAUCAAAUAAAAAUUAUUAUGGAGCAGCAAAAGCAAUUUUAUCAGAUAAUCCACUUGGUCUUACUUGUGGAAUGGUAUGUCCAACAAGUGAUCUUUGUGUUGGUGGAUGUAAUUUAGCUGCAACUGAAGAAGGACCAAUAAACAUUGGUGGUCUUCAACAUUUUGCUGUUGAUAUAUUUAAAAAAAUGAAAAUUAAACAAAAAAGAAUACCUGGACAAUUUGUACCACAUGAUUAUGCUAAAAUUGCACUUAUUGGUUGUGGUCCAGCUUCAUUAUCAUGUGCAACAUUUUUAUCAAGACUUGGAUAUAAUGACAUAACAAUAUUUGAAAAAGAAAAUUAUCUUGGUGGUUUGAGUUCAGCUGAAAUACCCCAAUAUCGUCUUCCAUUGAAUGCUGUUAAUUUUGAAAUUGAACUGGUCAAGGAUCUUGGUGUUAAAAUUCAAACUGGAAGAAUGUUAUCAGAUGAUGAUCUUACAAUUCAAAAAUUAAAAAAUGAUGGAUACGAGUCAAUUUUUUUGGGUAUUGGUCUUCCUGAGGCAAAAGUAAUAUCAAUAUUUCAAGGUUUAAAUGAAAAAAUGGGUUUUUACACAUCAAAAAGUUUUUUACCAGCUGUUUCAAAAGGCAGCAAACCUGGAAUGUGUAAUUGUAAAUCACAGCUACCAUCACUUUAUGGUAAUGUCAUUGUUCUUGGUGCUGGUGAUACAGCAUUUGAUUGUGCAACAUCAGCACUUCGUUGUGGUGCUAGAAAAGUAUUUGUUGUAUUUAGAAAAGGUUUUACAAAUGUUCGUGCUGUUCCUGAAGAGAUGGAUCUUGCACGUGAAGAAAAAUGUGAAUUUAUUCCAUUUCAAACACCAGUUAAAGUUAAUUUAAAAUCAUCAAAAAUAUGUAGUAUCGAAUUUGUUCGAACAGAACAAACAGAAACUGGUGAUUGGAUUGAAGAUUCAGAACAAACAACAAAAUUAAAAGCUGAUUUUAUAAUAUCAGCAUUUGGUUCUGGUCUUGAAAAUCCAAAAAUUAUAUCAGCAAUGUUACCACUUAAAUUAAAUCGUUGGAAUUUACCAGAAGUUGAUCCAAUAACAAUGUCAACAUCUGUACCAGGUGUUUAUUGUGGUGGUGAUAUUGCUGGUGUUGCACAAACAACAGUUGAAAGUGUUAAUGAUGGAAAAACAGCUGCUUGGAAUAUGCAUAAAUAUAUACAAUUAUCAAAAGGUUUACAAGUAUCAAAUGAGCCAUGUUUACCAAAAUUUUAUACUGAUAUUGAUGAAGUUGAUAUAAGUAUUAAUAUUUGUGGUAUUAAAUUUGAAAAUCCAUUUGGUCUUGCAUCAGCACCACCAGCAACAACAUCAGCAAUGAUAAGACGAGCAUUUGAAGCUGGUUGGGGUUUUACAAUAACUAAAACAUUUGGUUUAGAUAAAGAUCUUGUGACAAAUGUAUCACCAAGAAUUGUCAAAGGAACAGUAUCACGUCAUCAUUAUGGUCCUGAACAAAGUAGUUUUUUAAAUAUUGAAUUAAUAUCAGAAAAAAGUGCUGCAUAUUGGUGUAAAAGUAUCACUGAGCUUAAGCGCGAUUUUCCAAAUAAAAUUGUUAUUGCAAGUAUCAUGUGUUCUUUUGUUGAAAAUGAUUGGAUUGAAUUAUCACAAAUGGCUGAGGCUGCUGGUUCAGAUGCAUUAGAAUUAAAUUUAUCAUGUCCUCAUGGUAUGGGUGAAUCAGGAAUGGGUCUAGCAUGUGGUCAAGAUCCAAUAUUAGUUAGAGAUAUAUCAAAAUGGGUUAGAAAUGCAAUUAAAAUUCCAUUUUUUGUUAAAUUAACACCAAACAUAACAGAUAUAUCAACAAUUGCUGUUGCUGCUUAUGAAGGUGGUGCAUCAGGUGUUACAGCUAUAAAUACUGUAUCAGGAUUAAUGAGUAUACGUGGUGAUGGAACACCUUGGCCUGCUGUUGGCAAUAAAAAAGCAACAACAUAUGGUGGUGUUUCUGGUAAUGCAACAAGACCAAUGGCUCUACGUGCAAUUUCAACAAUUGCAAAAAAAUUACCUGGUUUUCCAAUAUUAGGAACUGGUGGUAUUGAUUCAGCUGAUGUUACAUUACAAUUUUUACGUGCUGGUGCAUCAGCUGUACAAAUUUGUAGUGCAAUACAAAAUCAAGAUUUUACAAUUAUUGAUGAUUAUAUAACGGGAUUAAAAGCAGCAUUAUAUAUUGAAAAAUUGCAACAUGUUUUUGGUUCAUGGGACGGUCAAAGUCCACCAACUCAAAAACAUCAAAAAGGAAAACCAGUUAGUCUGGUUCAUCCUCUUGGAAAGCAUGUACCUUAUUUUGGUGAAUACCAAAUAAAAAGAGAAGCAUUAGAGGCUCAAUUAAAAUUGAAAGUCAAUCCUCUUGAUGAUAAUGUUGUUGAAUUAAUACGACCAGCUGCUGAACCAAUGGAAGCACCGCUUAAACUCAGUGAUGUGAUUGGACAAGCAUUAAAACAUAUUGGAACGUACAAAGACCUUGAUCAAAAAAAACAAGUCGUUGCCCUAAUUGAUGAUGAUAUGUGUAUUAAUUGUGGCAAGUGUUACAUGGUAUGUGCUGACUCUGGAUAUCAGGCAAUUGAGUUUGACAGUGAUACACACAUUCCAAAAGUUAAUGAUGACUGUACUGGUUGUACAUUGUGUCUUUCAGUUUGUCCAAUUAUUGACUGCAUAACAAUGGUUCCAAAAACUAUACCACAUGUUAUUAAAAGAGGAAUUCCUGUAACUAAUAAAUAAAAAUUAAUUUUAAAUUAAUUUUUUCAUUUAACUUAUUUGCUUGCUUCUUUAUAAAUUGAUAAAAAAAAUUAAUUAAACGUAUAAAAUAAUUAUUUUUAUUUUUUAUAUAUUGUUUUUUUUUUUUCCUUGAUAAUAUAUAUAUAUUUCGAAACGUUAUCAUUAUUUUUUGUCGUUAUCAUUUGAUCAUCAUAAAAAUUAACAAUUAAAAAUCUGGAUUAUCAAACCAUUGUUCCGUCAUAUUUUGUUUUGUAUCAAGAUUAUAUUCAAGACACUUUUUCUCAACAAUACGUUUGCUAAAAUAAAAUUUAAACAAUUAAAAAUAAUAAAAUUUUCAUUGUUAUUUAAUUAAAUAAAAUAUACCUGUCUUUUUUUUCACAAGAUACUAUUGGAUAUUCCAAUGCAAAACACUGAGGUCGAAGAAUAUUAAAAUAUGUGUAACCAAUACUUGAUGCAACUGGAGUGUCAGCCUUUUUUAAGCAUCUAUAAAAAUCAUGAUCACACAAGCAAUUUGAUCUAAACAUAAAUAUCAUAUUAAUUAAUCAUUAUUAAAUUAAAAAAUAUAAAACAUUAUUUAAAGUUGAUUGUUAUUACCGCGUGAAAAAUCCAUUAUUCAAAAGUCUACCUUUAGAUUCUCCUGCAUUAAUAUUACUAAAACAUUGAUCAUGAGCUGAAAUAAAAAAUUUUAUUUAAUUUA